UCCUCAGCUCCGGGAUGAUCGGCCAAAAGACCCUCUACUCUUUCUUCUCCCCGAACUUCACUAGGAAGCGACACGCCUGCAGCCCGGAGCCGGCUGACCCGGGAAACGGCGCGGCGGCAGCGGGGGCUGUGUCUGAGGAUACCGGGGAUGCGGCGGCCAGUCCCGCCAAGAAGGCCCGGACCGGGCAGAGCGAGUCCGGCACGCCGCCCUCCUCGCCGCUGAGUCCCGAGCAGUUGGUCCGGAUCCAGAGGAACAAGGCCGCGGCCCUGCUGCGACUCGCAGCUCGCAACGUGCCGGUGGGUUUUGGUGAGAGUUGGAAGAAGCAACUCAGCGGCGAGUUCGGGAAACCUUAUUUUAUAAAGCUAAUGGGAUUUGUGGCAGAAGAAAGAAAAAAUUACACUAUUUAUCCACCCCCACACCAAGUCUUCACGUGGACCCAGAUGUGUGACAUAAAAGAUGUGAAGGUUGUCAUCCUUGGACAGGAUCCAUAUCAUGGACCCAAUCAAGCUCAUGGGCUCUGCUUUAGUGUUCAAAGACCUGUUCCACCUCCACCCAGUUUGGAAAACAUUUAUAAAGAGCUGUCAACAGACAUAGAUGGUUUCGUUCAUCCUGGUCAUGGAGAUUUAACUGGGUGGGCCAAACAAGGUGUUCUCCUACUAAAUGCUGUCCUCACUGUUCGGGCACAUCAAGCCAACUCUCACAAGGAGAAAGGUUGGGAGCAGUUUACUGACGCAGCUGUGUCCUGGUUGAACGAGAACUUGAAUGGCCUUAUCUUCUUACUCUGGGGUUCUUAUGCUCAGAGAAAGGGCAUUGCCAUUGAUAGGAAGCGCCACCACGUGCUGCAGACGGCUCAUCCUUCCCCGUUGUCUGUGUACAGAGGAUUCUUUGGAUGUAGACAUUUUUCUAAAACCAAUGAGCUGCUGCAGAAGUCUGGCAAGAAGCCCAUCAACUGGAAGGAGCUGUGAUCCUGAACUAAGGGAUGGUCUCCAUCGAUGUGUUUUGAGAAACGGCUUUUGAAGAAUUUUGUCAGUUGUGACAUUGAAUUGAAAAAAUAAUUUCCCUAGUAAUUGUUAAGUGUGCUCACUCACUGUCCAAGGGGAAACUGCUUUAAUAGCACAGCCAUGAACCAGGCUGCCUGGGAAGGGCAGCUCUAAUCCAGCCAGAAACAGCAACGACUCCCCAGGACUGUUGAUCUUUCUUUGCAGUGUGGCUUUGGCCUAAAACAUGCUGCCAGUGAAACUUCUGCAAAGCCAAAUACUGUGUUCAAUACUCCUCUUUUCAGCCCUCCUCACCCCUCUUUCCUUUAGGGGCAAGGAGAGAGAAUAUGCACCUUCUUGGUACAGCCAACAGUUUGGUUCAGGCUGCUACUUAUUUUUACCUGGUAGAUGAGGCUAUAGGUUUAUAAGGCGUUUGGUAUUAUUUAGAAAGACCCCCUGUGCCCAGCCCUGCCUUAAAUUCUCAGCUGGGUACACUGCCCCACUGAUUUUU